AUGGGGGAGCACAACGGCGGCGUGAGCACAUCAUCGACCAUGAGGGCGGUGCACCACUGGGGGAUGCCACCGCCGCAGACGCGGCCCAAGAUAAAGAUCAUCCACAUCAUGGCGCCGGAGAUCAUCAAGACCGACGUCGCCCACUUCCGGGGCCUCGUGCAGCGGCUCACCGGCAAGCCUACCGCCUGUGCCGCCAGCAUCAACAGCUCGGCCGACGACACCGCACCGGUAGAGGAGGAGGAGAUGGAGACGACGACGACCAAGAAGAGGCCGAGGCCGCCGGCACCGGCUCCUCCGGUGGCUGAUGAGAUGAGCGAUUUCAAGGUGCAGGAAGAGCCGAUCAUCAAGAAGAGGAAGAUCAAGUGCGAGGUGAAGGUGGAGGAAGGAGCCUUCGACGACUAUGAGCUCGACCGUAGCGACCUGUGGAUGGAUCUCAACCCGGGAGGGUUCUUGAGCUUCUUGGAGGAGGAGGGCGUCUUCCAGGGCCUGGCUGCUGACCAUGACUUCUUGCAGCCUUUCGGCUCGUCCAGGAUGGAUUUGGUUGGUGAAAUGUACGCAUCUUGA